UAAUUCUAUGGCUUUCGCCGUGUUCAUCUUCGCCUUAUUUCUCAAAGUCUCCACCGCCCUUUCCAGUCAGAACAUAACCCAUCUAUUCUCUGCCGUCUUCAUUUUUGGCGACUCCACUGCAGAUUCCGGCAACAACAAUUACAUAAAUACCCCAUUCAAAGCCGACCAUCCCCCAUACGGGGAAGACUUUCCUGGAAAAAUCCCCACCGGCCGGUUUUCAACCGGAAAACUGAUGUCGGACAUUUGGGCGUCUCUGCUGGGAAUAAAACAAACCGUUCCUCCGUUCCUGCAGCCUAAUAUCUCCGAUUUUGAUAUCCGCACCGGAGUGAACUUCGCUUCCGCCGGAUCGGGGCACGAUGACAUGACGACUCAGAUUUCACAGGUGAUUCCUGUGACGAAGCAGUUGUAUUACUUUAAGGAGUAUAUAAAGAGAUUGAAGAAAGUUGUGGGGAUCAAAGAAGCCAAUAGGAUAAUUGAGGGGGCGUUGGUGUCAAUUAGUGGUGGAACAAAUGAUUUCACGAUUAGCUACUACGAUCUGCCUUCUAGAAGAGACAAUUUCUCCAUGGACGAUUACCAGGAUUAUAUAUUGAAGAAGCUUCAGAAUUUCAUCAAUUUCGUUUGA